AUUCCGUUUUUAAUUUAAAGAUUUGUUACAUUUAUAAAACGUUGAAUAAAAAGUAUUAUUGAAUUAAGCACUGUGCUAAGAACGGAACGACAAGGAGUGAAAAGGUCGCUUGCGAUCCGUCAGAAAAACAUAUUUAGAUUGCAGAGUUUUAAUAUUGGCACGAAGAUUAGAGAUCAAUCGGGCGAUUGGCAACAAUCUAAGAUUUAUUUUAAUCUUAGAUUGGAGAUAUAUUAUUAAUUUCGGGCGUUAUUCGUAGCAAUUUGGAAUAUAUACGUUAUAAAAGUACACAUUUUGGUUUUGUUUUUGCAGGAAAAACUCAAGGAAUCAUUAUUCUUAUCAUGGUACGGGCCGCCGGUGCCGAAGUGCGCGUGCACCCUCAGAGAAUGCUUCUGCGCAGCUGACGAUGUGAAUAUGAGACCAAACAGUAUUCCACGCAUGUUGAAAUACUCCAUGAAAGUGUGUGAUAUUUUGUGCAAAUUUAACCCCCAAAUCCGGCGCAAGUCUAACGCUAUGGACUUGUUCAGAAGACUGGAGGCCAGGUGCGCAGCGGAGGUGGAUAUUUACAACGAAGUUGACAGACAAGGCUUGAUGCAAGACCUGUACCCGCUCUACUGUUUUGAACAAUGUCGUAAUUGGAACGAGUCAGCUCGAAAGGCGUUGCAAGAUACACUAUUGUUGCCAGCUCUUAUUAAACCAAAAAGAGAAAUUGGAGAACGAGUGGAGGUAGAAGUAGAACAGAAAGUAAAGAAGAAGAAAAAGAAAGCCGCAUCAUCGGAUUCGUCUGUAGUUGAAAUAAAAAGUGAAGAGGAUACUUCAACAGGAGAAGACGGAGACAAACUACGGGGAGAAGGAGAAGAGGAUGAGGAGGGGGAGGAGGAAGAAGAAGAAGAAGAGAAAGAAGAGGACGAGGAUGAAGAUCGUAUUAGUAACCUCUUCUUUUGUUCAGUGUCAACUCAGACGGCGAAAAUUGAUAAGAAUGGAAAUUUCAUAUUAACAAAGGGAGCAAUGAAGUAUUACAUAUAUCCGUCCGUAAAAGACACUGUCUUCCGCAAUACGGAGGGCGAGGCGAAAAUGGAGAUUAGCCCUGUAUUACCGUCCGUAACGUUGACAGAUGCAUCUGUGAGCUACAGAGAAGGCAGCUUUGAGAGGAGACUCCAAGUAUGCACAGAAGAAGCCGGUGAUGGGGACUCAGAUUACAGUUUCAAAAGCCUCAAAAAUCGUUUGUCGGACUUCAUAUCUUCGAUCUUGAAUCCCAAAGAUCCUGGCGUGCCUACUAGAAACAGAGGCAUUCAGAUGCUGUGCAAAGAGGUUGUUUGUGACGAAGAAGAUGAUUGCUACACCGGCUACAAUUCGAAACUUAGAGAACUUACUUAAAUUAUUUUUCUUCUUUGAGCGGAAUACUAUACAUAAAUAUUAAUUUUUAAUUUCAGGUAAAGAUGUAAACAUAUUGUCAUCUAAAUCGAAUGUAUGAAUGUGUUUUAACAAAUUCUUGCAUUGAUAUAAUCUAAGUUUGAGUCUGUCCACGUUCGCAAAAGUUUUAGUGCUAAAACCAGUACCGGAGGACACGUUGUUGUACUAUUUUAGUGCAUGUGUUGUUAGUUUAGUUUACGUUAUUUUGAUGGGAAUAUCAUCUAUUUGCAACAUGUAUAACUAUUGUAAAGUAAUUAAGAAUAAAUCAGUAGUGUAAAUCAUAAGUUUAACUUCCGAAGAGGACAAAACUUUGAGCAAAUUGUUAGUAGCUUAGAUUAGCUGUUUAACAAAAUGUAAUAUAAAUGUUUAUAAGAUUUUUGUGCCCAGUGUAUAAAAUAUAUAAAUGUUGUCUAUGUGAAAAAAUUAUGAAUUUGUUAUGGUAUGUGCGUGGGUCGGAUUCCCAUGUCUGGAAAAUAUUUGUGUGAUGAACUUGGAUGUUUACCAGUGUCUGUGCGGGGCAAAUUCAGAGCUAACCGAUGGGUUAUUGAAAUUCCUACAUUGCACGAAUCGGAAACGGGAUUAGCGAAUUUUAUCAUGGUUAUACAAAUACAAGGGCUAAAUGUUGUACUAGUCACCCUAGUCUAAUGUUCUACAAUACCCAAAAUAAAAAAAUAUUUAUUUAUUUACCACAUACUUAUAUAAGCAUUACAGGGUAAACCUUAUGCGUUUAUAUAGUUCUCGUGUUCGAUCUAUUAGUCUUGCAUUAGGUACUUGAACGUAUUAUGAAUGUAUUAUGUAGUUGAGUAGGUAAAUAAUAGGUAGAUACAUUCAUAAUGUAG